ACAGUUGCCUGUCUCUUAUUUUAUUUCUUUUUUUUUUUUUUAAUGUAAUCUUAAAAAAUGUAUUUAUAUUUCUGCCGUUCUGCAUUUCUUCUCUUCUCUAGGCCCUGAAUUUACUGGAGAGUUUCUGGGUACUGAUUUCCUACAGAAAAGACAAGCUACAUCGUCACGCUGAAAUGUCAUCUGAUGGUCCAAACCAAACUGUUGAAUAGGAUUUUUGCGUAAAAUUAACAGAGAGUAUGUGCAUAGCAUUGUUUCUAUGGCAAGCUCAUCCUCGUUACCCAUUCCUCUUGCUACUCAACAGAGAUGAGUACCACAGCCGGCCAACCAAGCCCCUGACUUGGUGGGGAAGUGAAGACCAGAUCCUGGGUGGGAGAGAUGAGCAGGCAGGUGGGACAUGGUUGGCUUGCACUAGAGAUGGUAAGAUUGCUUUUAUCACUAAUUUCAGGGAACUUAAAUCUACCCCUAGAGCCAAUAGCAGAGGAGACCUUCCUGUUCAUUUCUUGGAGAGCAACAAGAAUCCUAAGGAGUUUGCCGAGGAUCUUGCAAAAGAGGCAGAAAAGUAUAGUGGAUUUAACCUAAUACUAACUGAUAUCUGUUCCAAAUCCAUGGUUUAUGUAACCAAUAGACCAAAAGCAGAAAACAAUUUUAUCACAGAUGUUGCACCUGGAAUGCAUGUGUUAUCAAAUGCAAGCCUAGACUCCCCAUGGCCUAAGGCUCAACGAUUGGGCCAUAAUUUUAAAGAUUUGUUAGAUAAAUAUGGUGAAAGAGAGCUUCCUGUGAAAGAGAUGGUUGAAAUACUAAUGACAAACACUGUUAAAGACGUUGAUGAGAGCAUGUUACCGAAAAUUUAUCCUGCUGAGUUUGAAUACCAGUUGAGUUCCAUAUUUGUUGAGACAGACACUCCAUUGGGACACUAUGGAACCAGAAGCACUUCCGUGUUGUCCAUAAAAUCAAGUGGGGAGGUUAACUUCUAUGAAAGGUUUCUUGAGAAUGAAAAGUGGCAAGAGCACACAGAGAGUUUCCAAAUAGAGAAGAUAGAGCACAUGGAAAAAAUUAGCUCUGCUUAAUCAUCCCUCUGAGUUUUGAGAAAGCAAGUGCCCUGUUCAUCUAAUCUACGAGUUCAGAUGAAAAAUAUUGCAAGUUGAUGUUUUUGCCUUUUUUCUUUUUCCUGAAAAUUAUGUAUAUCCAAAAUAGACCAUGCUCCAAAUAAAGGAAAUAAGCUUUUGUUUA